AAGACAAGGUGAGGGAGAGAGAAACAUGUCCAAAAUGGUGUGAGGCUCUUAAAAGGGGUUUCACCUUCAUGGGCCUCAGUUUCUGUGCCAAAUGGGUUAAUUUAUUUAAAACAACUGCUUUUUCUGUAGCCCCUACCGUGUGCUCUGUAUCACUACACUAGCCCUCCAUCACUAACCCUUCAACCCUUCAACACGCUGAUCUAGCUGCCCCAAAUCUAACCACUUAAUCCCCAGGCUCUACUGCUUUUUCCUGUGGGCCCUGCCCUUCCCUCUCCAGGCAUUACAGGGAGACUCAGGAGUCAGGGGCUCGGCCCUCGCCACCGCAGCCCGGUGCUCAGGCCCCAGGGGGUAGGAGGGAAGGGAGGAGCGGGACAAGGGUCUGGCCGCAGCUGGUCUCUAGCUGCGCCAGGCCUGGAAGCUGCUCAGGUUCCUGGUUCCCACCGGGGCCAAGAGUGACAUCUGAUCCUGGGGGAUUGUGAAACGGAGUGAGGUGGCAGCCCGCCCGCGGUGGCCGCUGAGCCCUCUCCCCCCCGCCGGCGUCGCCCCACCCCUGCCCCACUCCUCCCCGCGCGCGUCGUUAAAUCCCCGCAUCCGGGCGGCGGCUCACACCUGCACCCCGCCCGGCGCAGCACCAUGCCUGCCUGCCGCCCCGGCCUUCACGCCGUCCCCCUCCUCCUCGGCCUGCUGCUGCUCGGCCUCUCCCCUGUCCCAGGGCUCCUGGCCCCACUGACCGUCGGCCUCCCAGGCAGAGAAGCGGAGAAAACGGGCGUGUGCCCCCAGCUGCAGGCGGACCUGAACUGUACGCAGGAGUGCCAAUCUGACGCCCAAUGCGCCGACAACCUCAAGUGCUGCCAGGCUGGCUGCGCCACCAUCUGCCACCUGCCCGACGAAAAGCAAGGUUCCUGCCCCCACGUGAACACUGACUUCCCCCAGCUCGGCCUCUGCCAGGACCAGUGCAAGGUGGACAGCCAGUGUCCUGGCCUGUUGAAAUGCUGCUACAAUGGUUGCGGGAAGGUGUCCUGCAUCACUCCCGUCUUCUGAGCUCUAGCCACCACCACCCGAGGAGUGGGGGAGUGGAAGUUUCUGCCCGGCCCUGCCUGGCUCCAGCCCAGCUGGGCUCCCCUCUUUCUGGCCUCUGCACUCCCUCCAGGGCUGAGCACAGCUUUUGUCUUUUCCAACCAAUAAAGUGACUGUUUCCAGCACUGGG